GUGCAUGAUAAGCUAGUGCUUGACUAAAGUUUGACUACAAAAGAUAUAUUUGAGGUUUUGGCCUUCUGAACAACUUGGCAUAGUGUCUUUCCCUUUGCUGCUGAAAAAGAAGAUUCAAAAGGAAAAAGGCUUUGCUGCAGAUAUUCCUGAAGAAUUAUCCACAGUGCUACCCUGCAAAGAUGGUUCAGCUGACAGCUACCCCUGUGAUUGCCCUUGUUGAUGAGCCAGUGCAUAUCCGAGCUACAGGCCUGACCCCCUUUCAGAUAGUGACUCUUCAUGCAUCACUGAAAGAUGAAAAGGGGAACAUGUUUUAUUCUCGAGCCUACUAUAGGGCCAAUGAAGUUGGUGAAGUGGACCUAGAACGCGAUUCUUCCCUAGGAGGGGAUUAUACGGGCGUCCAUCCCAUGGGCCUCAUCUGGUCCCUGAAACCUGAAAAGUUGUUAACUAGACUAUUGAAAACAGAUGUGAUGAAUAGCCCCUUUCAGGUCCAAGUAAAACUUCAUGAAUUAGAUUUCCUACUGAACAAUAAACCUAUAAGUGCUCCAAAGGCAAGCCUGACUUUGGAGAGGUGGUACGUGGCACCUGGUGUCACACGGAUCCGGGUCCGAGAAGGCCGCCUUCGAGGAGCCCUCUUUCUCCCUCCAGGAGAGGGACGUUUCCCGGGGGUGAUUGACUUGUUUGGUGGUAUAGGUGGGCUGCUUGAAUUUCGGGCGGGUCUCUUAGCCAGUCGUGGCUUUGUCUCCUUGGCCUUGGCUUAUUGUGACUAUGACGAUCUGCCACCUCAACCAGAGAUAACAGAUUUGGAGUAUUUUGAGGAAGCUGCCAACUUUCUCCUGAGACACCCUAAGGUCCAUGGCCCAGGGAUUGGGGUAGUCUCUACCUGCAAAGGAGCUGAGAUUGGACUCUCUAUGGGUAUUCACCUAAAACAAAUCACAGCCACCGUACUUAUUAAUGGAACCCCCUUUGUUUUUGAAGUUCCACAGGUUUAUCGUGGUCAGAUUUAUCCACCUGUUCCCCCCUCUAUACAAUUAGUAGCUAUCAAUACCUUGGGGUUAACAGAGUUCUAUCGCAUGUUUGAGGAAACUCAAAUUAUAGCCAGUCAGAGUUUUCUUCCCAUUGAAAAAGCCCAUGGACAUUUCCUCUUCAUUGUAGGAGAAGCAGAUAAGAAUGUCAACAGCAAAAGGCAUGCGGAGCUAGCCACAGACCGGCUGAGGAGGAACGGGAAGAGCAACUGGACCUUGCUAUCUUACCCUGGGGCAGGCCACCUGAUAGAGCCUCCUUACUCUCCGCUGUGCCCUGCCUCAGGGCUCAGGGCCUUGUCCUCAUCCGUACACUGGGGAGGAGAGGUGAUCCCACACGCAGCCGCACAGGAGCAUUCUUGGAAGGAGAUCCAGAAAUUUCUCAGGAAGCAUCUCAUUUCAACUGUAACCAGUCAACUCUGAGAAGACUAGAAUCCUAAGAAAUAGAGAAGUUAAGCUCUUUACCAGCACCUCUUGAUUUUCGUGGAAGAAUGUGGGGUGGGUUUUUUUUUUCCUCUCACAUUUAGUGUUAAUUUGAAUGGUAAAACUGGCACAAGGGUAAAAACUUGAUAGCUUACUUAUACCACAGAGCAAGCUAAUUAAAUUGGACAUGGGGAAUAAAUUUAAAAAAUAAUUUUACUUCGUAUGUCCAUGACUUUUAUUCUGAUUAGGCCUUUCAAAUAGGACUGAGAUAUAGCACAUUGGCAAAAAUUUGGAAAGGCAAAUAGGAAUAGUGCCAAAGUAACAGAUACCACAAAAAUAUCAUGUCAGCAAAGCCUCAUAUAGUAACCCAUUGUCAGAUUAGAGCAGCAGAAGAAAGUUCCUUCUGAAUCAUAAUCAUUUUAGCCGUAUCUGCCAACUUCACCAUGGUAACUUUACAACAUCAUUCCUCAUUUGUGCAGUAGUAAAAUUCCAUCAGAAGGGAAAGGGUGGAUUGAGGAAGUCAAUUCAUUCCAACAAAUUACCUCUUGAAUUCUAACAAGUGAACGCAUCAGCACAAAGUUAAGAAAUAAUACCCAAAGCUAGAAGAUAAUUGGUUUAAGUUAUGCAGCAAAUUAAAAUGAGAAGUACUAGAAAAUAGAACCAAUGGAGUUCCCAAAUCUUCUCAUUCAUUUAAAAAAUUAAAUUAAAUGUAAAAAUAGGAGCAAAACUCUACCAAUGCAUACUAGUCUGAAUGGGUUGAUGGACAGGAUAAUUGGGUCAGCUGGCACCGUACUCAAUAAAUGGAUUUUCUUCUUUCA